GAUGUGUAGUCGUUACGUUACAGAGCUUCUCUGCGCCUGUCCAUGGCGGUGGCCUACCAACAUAUCUCUCUCUCUCUCUCUCUCUCUCUCUCUCUCUCUCUCUCUCUCUCUCUCUCUCUCUCUCUCUCUCUCUCUCUCUCUGCAUCGAAGCUCUCAAACCUCUCCUCUCCUCUCGUCUUUUUCUUAAUCUCUCUCUGAACACUGACUGAAUUUGUUGCUUUUUUACUCAACAAACACAAGGACCCCUAGUAUAUCUCUUACCCCAUGGACAUUAUUAUAUGCACAUUCUCUCACAUAUACAGAGUAGCCAUGUUUUUUCGCAAUUCCACCACCUUUUCCCGCUCACUACCACCUUAAAAAAGUAUCUUUCUCCGACGAAAGCUUCUCUCACCUUUUUUGAAUUUUGAGAGACGAUCUAAGUAGAUAUGAUAGGUACUGUUCGUUCGUUUGAAGAUCAUUUUCGUAAUAUCAAUUAUUGAACACCCAAAAGAUUUGAAUUUCCGAACACGAUGGAAAUCCAACGACACAAAUCAACACCUCCCGGAAAACCCAUUCUCAAUCGACGCCUUACAAGAAGAGAAAGAAAACUUGCUCUACUUGAAGAUGUGGAUAAACUGAAGAAAAAGUUAAGACAAGAAGAAAACGUACACAGAGCACUUGAAAGAGCUUUCAGUCGACGUUUAGGAACUUUACCUCAUCUCCCUCCUUAUCUUCCUCCACAGACUUUAGAGCUGUUAGCUGAAGUAGCUGUUCUCGAAGAAGAAGUUGUACGUUUGGAAGAAGAAGUUGUAAAUUUCCGACAAGGUUUAUAUCAAGAAGCUGUUUAUCUAUCAUCAAGAAUCAGCAUCGGGAAUUCCGACAACGACCCAUCAGAAGAACAAUCUUCAAAAACCACAACUUUUAAGCAAAAUGAUGAAUCAGGAUCCUCAAUUUCCCAAAUUGAAGUUGAAUCCGAAGCAUCCAAACCACCUCAACAUAAGCCCUUGAAUUCUCUCUUGCGAAGUGGUUCAUGUAGAUCAUCAUACUCUCAUAGAAUCGGGAGCGAUUUCUUGAAUAGGGUUGUUGAUACUGCUGAUUUGAAGAAACUCGAUUCGUCAAUUGGAGAUGAUGGUGUUUUAGGUAAAGAAAAUCGAUCAUCUUCUAAUUCAAAUAGCAAGAUUACAAAUUCUCCUGAAAAGAUAACCAACGAAGUGCAAAAUUCAGUGAAGAGACCUCAAAAUAAGCCUGAAAUUGUCGAAAAACGCACUCCUUCUAAACCACAGAUUAGAUUAAUGGAUCAAGAAAGGGCACAAGAAAGCUGUUCAAGUUCAUCUUCAAGUGAUAGAAUCAUGGAAGCAGAAAGCGAAUGCAACAAAAUAUCUGAAAACGUUUUAAACUGUUUGAUUGGAAUCUUUUUAAGAUUAAGCAAAUUGAAAGCAAAAACAAUGGAUGCUGAAGCUUUUUCAAAUCUAAUGACAUUGGAUUUGACUGGAGUUGACCGAGGACCUGGUUUUAGGGAUCCUUAUGGUGUUUGUUUGAAAUCUAGAAAGAGAGAUAUUGGUCCUUAUAAAGAUCUUUUUGCAAUUGAAUCUGGAUCGAUUGAUUUUAAAAAGAAAAAGAACGCAUCCCUUUUGAUUCGUAGACUCAAGCUUCUUCUUGAGAAGUUAGCUUCUGUUAACUUAGAGGGAUUGGUGACACAUCAGCAAAAGCUUGCGUUUUGGAUAAAUGUUUACAAUAUUUGUAUGAUGAAUGCUUAUUUAGAGCAUGGAAUGCCUGAGAGUCCUGAAAUGAUGCCAACACUAAUGCAAAAGGCAACAAUAAAUACAGGAGGAUAUUUGUUAAACGCAGUCACAAUUGAGCAUUUUAUCUUGCGACUUCCUUAUCGAUUCAAACUUUCAUACCCAAAAUCUCCAAAAAAAGAUGAGACUGAAAUCCGUGACAAAUUUGGAUUGGAAUGGUCCGAACCAUUGGUCACAUUUGCACUAUGCAGCGGUACCUGGUCUUCCCCUGCAGUGAGAGUAUACACUGCGUCACAAGUAGAAAACGAGUUAUCAACAUCAAAGCGAGAAUAUCUUCAAGCAUCAUUUGGGAUAACAAAAACAAAUAAAUUAAUAAUACCAAAAAUGUUAGAUUGGUAUUUAUUAGAUUUUGCAAAAGAUUUGGAAGCUUUAAUGGAUUGGGUUUGCCUUCAAUUACCAAGUGAGUUAAGAAAACAAGCACUUAUGUGUCUUGAAAAAAGAGGAAGAGGAAUAGAACCUCUUGCGAAUAAAGUUCAAGUCAUGGAUUAUGAUUAUAAAUUCAGGUAUCUUAUUCAAAGAUGAUAAAAUUAUAUGCCAUUUUUGGACACAUGAAGUUGAAGAUAAGUCAUAUAUUAUGCAUUAAAAUUUAAAAUAGAGCAAUUUGAUGUAAUGAUGUUACAUUUUUUUGUUUUGUUAUUGUUGUUGUGAAGAGUUUGUUAGUGUAGAAUGGAAGGGGGUUUUGUACAUAGUACAUAUGAGUACAAUAUACAUAAAGAAAAAAAAAUUGGGGUUAUUAGGGUGUUGGAUUAAUUUAGUUUUAUUUUUGUAUUUGUAAGUUUUACAUAAAUUUUAUUUUUAGAGUUGUUUAUUUAUGAAUUAUGAUUUUAUGGGUU